AUGGCGCACAGCUCCCCGAGCAGCCCGUGGAGCUUGUUGACAGUGCACGUCCUCCCGCUCUUCGCGGGAAGUCCGCUGAAGACGGCCAUCGAGGAUCUGAACCAUUUGUGCAACUCGCACAUCGUCACCACCUCGCAGCGCACCCAAGCGUCCCGACUGAUCGCGGUGCUCACAGCCGACCUCCGUGACUUCAUAGCAUCCGGCAUGCUCACUCUCAAGGCGAAAUUCGACACGAUCGACGAGGCCAAGGUUGUGUCGCGUGCAGCCGAAGUCUGGUCCUUCUUCUGGGGCCAAAUUCUG